GCCGCCGCCGCCGCCGGGUUCCGAGGCGUAGCCCCGGCUGAGGAGCUCGUCGGCCGGCUGCCCAGCAGCGCCGCGCAGGGAGGAGCGGAGCCGGCGGGCGGGCGGGCAGGCGAACAGACUAGCCUGCCAUGGCAGACCAGAGACAGUGCUCACUCUCUACCUCUGGGGAGUCCCUGUACCAUGUUCUGGGGCUGGACAAGAACGCAACCUUGGAUGACAUUAAGAAGUCCUACCGGAAGCUGGCCUUGAAAUAUCACCCUGACAAGAACCCAGAUAACCCAGAGGCCGCAGACAAGUUUAAGGAGAUCAACAACGCCCACGCCAUCCUGACGGACUCCACGAAAAGAAACAUCUACGACAAGUACGGCUCGCUGGGGCUCUACGUGGCUGAGCAGUUUGGGGAGGAGAACGUGAACACCUACUUCGUGCUCUUCAGCUGGUGGGCCAAGGCCCUGUUUGUGUUCUGCGGGCUCCUCACCUGCUGCUACUGCUGCUGCUGCCUCUGCUGCUGCUUCAACUGCUGCUGCGGGAAGUGCAAGCCCAAGGCACCUGAGGGCGAGGGGACCGAGUUCUACGUGUCCCCCGAGGACCUGGAAACGCAGCUGCAGUCCGACGAGAGAGAGGCUGCAGACACGCCAAUCGUCGUCCAGCCGGCGUCCGCCACGGAGACCACCCAGCUCACAGCUGACCCCCACCCCAGCUAUCACACCGAUGGGUUCAACUAAAUUCAGGAGAAGCUGUGAUUCGAGGGUCAGUCAGCAUCCAGCCAGU